UUUCCGCCCAUUCUGAAGGUGAUACAGAAGACAGUCAGAAUUCUGGGAGAUGGGGAACCUUUCGUUUCAUUAGGAAUAGCCAUUAAAAAGUGUGAAAUGUGGAAUAUGCUUCACUGAAUGAGCACACAUAUCUCACAUCAAUUAACUCAAACAGGGGAGAAACCAUUUAAAGGUAUGGAGUGUGGAAAGAGCUUCAGUCGAAGUGAUGAACUUGGAAUACAUCAACAGACUCACACAGGGCAGAAAUUAUUUAAAUGCAGGGAGUGUGGGAAGAACUUCAGUCAUAGGGGAAACUUAACUUUACAUCAACGGACUCACACAGGGGAGAACCCAUUUAAAUGCCUGGAGUGCGGAAAGAGCUUUAGUGAGAAUGGAACACUUAGAAGACAUCAACAAACUCAAACAGGGGAGAAACCAUUUAAAGGUAUGGAGAGUGGAAAAAGUUCCACUGAUAGUGGAAAACUUAGAGAACAUCAACGAACUCACAUGGGCAAAAAACAAUUUCAAUACAGGGAGUGUGGGAAGAACUUCAGUCAUAGGGGAAAAUUAACUUUACAUCAACAAACUCACACUGGGGAGAAACCAUUUAAAUGUAUGGAGUGCGGAAAGAGCUUCAGUCAGAAUAGUAAUCUUAAAUUGCACCAGAGGAUUCACACAGGGGAGAAACCAUAUAAAUGUAUGGAGUGUGGAAAGAGCUUCAGUCAGAGUGGACACCUCAAUAUACAUCAACAGACUCACAUGGGGGAGAAACCAUUUAAAUGCCUGGAGUGCGGAAAGAGCUUUAGUGAUAAAGGAACACUUAGAAGACAUCAACAGACUCACACAGGGGAGAAACCAUAUAAAUGUAUGGAGUGUGGAAAGAGCUUCAGUUUCAAUGGAAACCUUAGAACACAUCAACAGACUCACAUGGGGGACAAACCAUUUAAAUGUAUGGAGUGCGGAAAGAGCUUUAGUGAUAAAGGAACACUUAGAAGACAUCAACAGACUCACACAGGGGAGAAACCAUAUAAAUGUUUGGAGUGUGGAAAGAGCUUCAGUUUCAAUGGAAACCUUAGAACACAUCAACAGACUCACAUGGGGGACAAACCAUUUAAAUGUAUGGAGUGCGGAAAGAGCUUUAGUGAUAAUGGAAAACUUAGAACACAUCAACAGACUCACACAAGCACACAUAGUUCACAUCAACGACCUCCAACAGGGGAGAAACCAUUUAAAGGUAUGGAGUGUGGGAAACGUUUCACUGAUAGUGGAAACCUUAGAACACAUCAACGGACUCACACAGGGGAGAAACCAUUUAAAUGCCUGGAGUGCGGAAAGACCUUUACUGGUAAUGGAAACCUUAGAAGACAUCAACGGACUCACACAGGGGAGAAACCAUAUAAAUGCCUGGAGUGCGGAAUGUGCUUCAGUGAGAAUGGAGACCUUAAAUUACACCAGCGGAUUCACACAGGGGAGAAACCAUAUAAAUGUAUAGAGUGCGGAAUGAGCUUCGGUGAUAAUGGAAGCCUUAGAACACAUCAACGGACUCACACAGGGGAGAAACCAUAUAAAUGUAUAGAGUGCGGAAUGAGCUUUAGUGAUAAUGGAAGCCUUAGAAGACAUCAAUGGACUCACACAGGGGAGAAACCAUAUAAAUGUAUAGAGUGUGGAAAGAGCUUUAGUGAUAAUGGAAGCCUUAGAAGACAUCAACGGACUCACACAGGGGAGAAACCAUAUAAAUGUAUGGAGUGUGGAAAGAGCUUUAGUGAUAAUGGAAACCUUAGAGGACAUCAACGGACUCACACAGGGGAGAAACCAUUUAAAUGCCUGGAGUGUGGAAAGUGCUUCAGUAGUAAUGGAUACUUUAAAUUACACCAGCGGACUCACACAGGGGAGAAACCAUAUAAAUGUAUAGAGUGCGGAAUGAGCUUUAGUGAUAAUGGAAGCCUUAGAACACAUCAAUGGACUCACACAGGGGAGAAACCAUAUAAAUGUAUAGAGUGCGGAAUGAGCUUUAGUGAUAAUGGAAGCCUUAGAAGACAUCAACGGACUCACACAGGGGAGAAACCAUAUAAAUGUAUAGAGUGCGGAAUGAGCUUUAGUGAUAAUGGAAGCCUUAGAACACAUCAACGGACUCACACAGGGGAGAAACCAUAUAAAUGUAUAGAGUGCGGAAUGAGCUUUAGAGAUAAUGGAAGCCUUAGAAGACAUCAACGGACUCACACAGGGGAGAAACCAUAUAAAUGUAUAGAGUGUGGAAAGAGCUUUAGUGUUAAUGGAAGCCUUAGAAGACAUCAACGGACUCACACAGGGGAGAAACCAUAUAAAUGUAUAGAGUGUGGAAAGAGCUUUAGUGAUAAUGGAAACCUUAGAGGACAUCAACGGACUCACACAGGGGAGAAACCAUUUAAAUGCAUGGAGUGUGAAAAGAGCUUCAGUCAGAGUGGAACCCUUAGAAGACAUCAGCAGACGCACAGCGGAGAAACCAUUUAAAUGUAUGCACUGUGGAAGGAGCUUCCGUCAGAGUGGAACCCUUGAUUUAUGUCAACAAACUCACACAAAACACAAACCUUAUAAAUAUCAGGAAAGUAGAUAGAGGUUGAGUCCUAGUGGAAGUUCUAAAUCAACAGACUCACGGACAGGAAGAACUUUAGGAAUUGAAACCCUUCAAACCAUCCACAAACUCAGAGAGGAGAAGCAGUUUAAAUGAAAAGAUUGCAAAAGUGCUUUAUUUACAAUGGAGUGUUUAAGGAACAUCCAGGGACUCUCACAUGGAAGAUCCCAUUUUGGUGUCUGGAGUGUGGGACAUCUUCCUCUCAGAGUCCACUCUUUUCUUCACAGAAAUGAACUCGGCAGGAAAUCAGUCUUGAACACAUUUUGUGUAUGUGAAGUUCUGGUAUUUAUGUGUAAAACUGUAUAGUAAUGAAAUAUUGAAGGCAAUGUCAAACAAUGUGAUUAUAAUCUAAGAUGUAAAGUACCUUUCAAUAGAGAAGGGGUGAGGGUUUAUCUGGAUUGCUGGUGGUCAGUGAGGAUUAAAGCUGGGCGAUAUAUUGUUCCAAACUGGUUUCUAGACCACAUCGUGAUAACCUUUCAAAAACAACUGAUAUGGCAACACACCACAGAUCACAGUGUGUGCUUCCGGGAUGCCCAUUUGCCUGGAAGCAGCCAGCAGAAAGCUUUGCUUCGUGAAGCCCCUGAAUAUG